UCUCCAGGCAGCCCCUGCUUCCUGGAGGCGAGGAGAUUUGCUUUCCAAAUGCUGCAAAGCAGCUUCGCGGACCUUCUUCCCCGGAGCAACCUGCGCGGCGGAGUCACCCUCACAGGGUUGUUUGCUACUUACGCAGAACUCUUUUGAUUUGAUUUGCAUCUGAAGACGUCAACAGCAAGGCAGGAGUGGCCGUGAAAGAUGCCUCAAGUCUGGACCAGCAGUGGGACCCGCUUCUUGUUUUAACGCCCCCUCUCAAAGAGACCCAAAUAUGGCGCCACAUCAGACAUUCAGGGAACGGAUCCUUUCUGGAUUCCUCAGGAAAGAACUCCUAUUCAGCGCUGCGUUCACCAUCAGGCUCGCUCUUGUCUUCUACGGAGUUUAUCAGGACAGGACGAUGCUGGUGAAAUAUACGGACAUUGACUAUCAGGUCUUCACCGACGGCGCCAAGUACGUCACGGAAAGGAAAUCUCCCUACCUGAGAGCCACUUACCGUUACACCCCGCUCCUGGCCUUGAUCUUAACCCCAAAUGUUCACUUGACUGAUCUGUACGGAAAGAUCCUUUUCGUGGCUGGGGAUAUGGUUGCCGCUUACCUCAUCUAUGAGAUCCUUUUGCUCAGAGGCCUGGGGGACAGAGAGGCUUGUGGCUGCUGUGCCUUCUGGCUCCUCAAUCCCUUGCCGAUGACCGUGUCCAGCCGGGGCAACGCAGAAUCUCUCGUCGCAAGCCUGGUCCUUGGCACCAUGUACUACGUGGAGAAGAGGCGCUUGGCGACGGCGGCCGUUCUUUACGGCCUCUCCGUACAUAUGAAGAUUUACCCGGCGACCUAUGCGCUGCCGUUAGCCCUCCAUCUGCAAAGCUGCGGGAACCCCGAGCGAAGAGAAGCAAACAUUUCGAAGCGGAAGCUCUCGCUCACCGGCGACUUCCUGCGGCCUCUCUUAAGGCUGUUGUCCAGCCGCGACGUCCUGGUUUUCGGGACGGUGGCCGGUUCCACGUUUGCAGCCCUGGGCCUCGCGUUUUACCUCCGUUACGGCUGGGAGUUUCUGGAGCACACCUACCUCUACCACCUGACGCGCAGAGACAUCCGCCACAACUUCUCGCCUUACUUUUACAUGCUGUACCUGACGGCGGAAAGCGAGUGGAGUUUCCCCCUCGGACUUGCGGCCUUCCUCCCGCAGCUCCUCCUCCUGCUGGUCAUAUCCUUGGCGUAUUACCAGGACCUUGUCUUCUGCUGCUUCCUGCAGACUGCGGUGUUUGUGAGCUUCAACAAAGUGUGCACAUCCCAGUAUUUCCUCUGGUACCUUUGCCUCCUUCCACCUGUCUUGCCUCGCUUGAGGAUGUCUUGGGUACGGGCCGCCACGCUUCUCCUACUGUGGCUUCUUGGGCAGGGCCUGUGGUUGGCACCAGCCUAUUUUCUGGAGUUCAAAGGGCAAAACACUUUCUUGCUCAUCUGGCUAGCAGGCUUGCUCUUUCUCCUUAUCAACUGCGUGGUCCUCGUUCAGAUUAUUUCUCACUAUUGUACGGCACAGGUGACCAGGAAAGUGAAGCAGCGGUGAGGCCUGACUCCUCACAAAGGAGGAAUCCUGCAGGUGUUUCUCUGAGAGGAGUUAUUCAUUGAGCAAGACUGGAUAACAACAGACAUUUUUUUAAAAGUUUGGGGGAUUUCUUUUUCGGUAUCGUUUUUGCACCGUUUUGGAAACUCUCGCCCUUCUUUUUGAGAAAGGCGAAGGCUUUUCUUUUGAGGUCUGCUUCUUCUGAAACAUGACUAUUGAUGUGUAUUCAUUUGUUACGUAACUGGUUCCCAUUUCUUUCUUUCUUUUUUUAAAAUAAAUGAAUUUUAUUAGUA